CCCGGCCUGUAACCAUCGGCACGACGUUUUCUUCAUUAUGUAACGUAACCAUAUUAGUUCAGUUACAUCACGGAAUAUAUAAGGGUGGGUAUGGCGAUGACACACACAGAGACAACCAAGAGAUUCAUCAUAGGCUCCUGGCGUGUCAACCACGGAUCGAUGAUAAUAAAUCGACAAGAAGAUGGAGGGCGCGGGCUAUGCACAGGUAAAUUUCUGGGAAAUAUAGAUUGCUGUUCCUGGAAUUCACUGAAAGCGGACGUACCGAGACGCAAGUGGUCAGGAUAACCGAGAGCAACGCGCAUCAUGAGCUUUGUGGUGAUGCAACGGUGUCCAGAUUGUGCUGGGACUUUCAAGGACGUAUCAAACCACAGAAUCUGCCAUAGCCGAGGUUCAGGGAAACAUGCACAUAAACCUUCUGUGGUCCUAAAGCAAGUCUGUCUUGAUUGUCGUCGAGCUUUUGUGAACCUCGAAAAUCACAACAGAUGUCGUGGAAGAGGGGCAGGAAACAGGCGGACAUCUUAUCCACCGGUAGCCGUUCCUAGGUUUGCUGAUUCCACGCCCAGGCCACCUAGUGAUUCAGGACAUGGUCAAACUCACCACCAGGAUACACCACCCCCUACUACCCCACCUGUACAAAGUUUGACACCACCCCCUACGCCCCCUUCCUCGAACACAGAGAGACGAACACCUGCCCAACAAGAUGAACCGGAUAUCAAUGCGGUACCUACUGGUUCACAACGCCUUGUCAGGGAGCAUCUAAGUCGAUGUAUGGAGUCUGGAGCCAGCGGGAUCUCCGUCAACCGGGCCAACAUCUUGUCCAGCAGCAUGGCCUUCUUCAAGGAUGUUCGUAUAUCAAACAGGGCUAAGCAGUUAAUGGUGACUUUCACUGAUGCCAAUGGCAGACUUGAGCUAGGCGUCGACACAGGGGGGCCACGUCGAGAGUAUCUACGUCUGCUGCUGGAGUCCAUCGUCGCCGACAGCAAGAUGCUUCGCGGGGAUGAAAACCUAGGAUUUCUGAUUCGGCCCAACAUAUCUGCCUAUUUAAAGAGGCACUUCCGGGUCAUGGGGGUCAUGCUGGCCACUAUAAUUGCUCAAGGUGGACAACCUCCCGCCAUAUUUGCUCCUCCUGUCGUUGAUGCUAUACUAGAUAAAGAUAAGAUGCCGUCUGUGGAUUAUGUGCCCGACACACGGAAGAGAGAAUCUUUAAAAAAGGUGUCGGAAGCUCGCGACAAGGCUGAGCUACAGGAGGCUCUAGAUGAGUGUGACUGGAGAUUCGACCUGGACGGUAUCCCCUCUUAUGUUAGCAUGGACAGUAGAGAUGAGUUCCUCAGAGAAUGUGUCCAGUAUUUCGUCAUACUGCAGAGCAAGCCAAUGCUUGACCAGCUGAUUCAAGGCCUGCGUCACUGCGGGAUUCUGGAUCUCAUCAGAAGACACACGUUACGAGAUUUGCUUGAGUAUAAAUCGGACGUUGAGGUCACAGCUGAAAGGGUUAUGGAUCUGUUGAAACCAAAUAAACGUUGCCAUAGCGACGAACAACAGAUCCUUGUCAACCUAAGCGGAUUCCUGCAGGCAGCUGAAGGUGGCAGCUUGUGUGGCGUGCUCAGGGAGAGCCAGCGUUUGACCCGAAGUCAGACCAAGUUUGCGCGGAGAUUAACUCCAGGGAGACUGCUAGCGUUUGUUACUGGAUGUAGUAGGGAACCAGCUGGCGGGUUCGUGCCCAAACCCAGCAUUGUCUUUAACAGAGCCGCCUGGCGGCUGCCAUCGGCCGCUACAUGCAGUAACCAGAUCCUGAUCACGGUGCACCAGAACUCGCUGGAGUUCCAUCGCUUUUGUCAAGCAAUGAUGACGUCAAUGAUGAACGGUGAAAACUUUACAACCGCCUAGGUUUCUUGUUAUCGUCUUUAGUUUUCUCAUGGAAAACUGAUUUAAAAGAUUUGUUGUGAUAGAUAUUGCACAAAUAGAGAUUCCUAUACAACUGACUCUCACAUACGGUUUACCACCGCCUAGGUUUCUUGUUAUCGUCUUUAGUUUUCUCAUGGAAAACUGAUUUAAAAGAUUUGUUGUGGUAGAUAUUGCACAAAUAGAGAUUCAUAUACAACUGACUCUCACAUACAGUUUACCACCCACUAGGGGUUUCUUGUUAUCGUCUUUAGUUUUCUCAUGGAAAACUGAUUUAAAAGAUUUGUUGUGGUAGAUAUUGCACAAAUAGAGAUUCCUAUACAACUGACUCUCACAUACGGUUUACCACCGCCUAGGUUUCUUGGUAUCGUCUUUAGUUUUCUCAUGGAAAACUGAUUUAAAAGAUUUGUUGUGGUAGAUAUUGCACAAAUAGAGAUUCCUAUACAACCGAC